CAAUGUCUACCACGUCGAAAUUCUUUCCUGCAUUAAUGAAAAUCGCCAAUGAUUUAAAGUUGGAUGUGGUUAGUAUAGAUUUGUCCAACAACGAAUUGAAUGACUUGCAAACAAUCUCCACCAUGGCUACUACAUUCCCAAAAUUACAAAAUCUUUCCUUGCACAAUAACAAUUUCCAAAGAAUUAGAGUAUUUGAAUCGUGGAAGCAUAAGCUUAACUUCUUGAGAGAACUAAUCUUGACCGAAAACCCAAUAUUGAACAAUGUCAAUGAAUUACAACUGAUUAAAUUAGAAUUAAUGAGAUCCUUCCCUAGAUUAGUUGUCUUGAACGGCGAAGUAUUGAGAAAUGAACAAGCAUUAAACCUCAACUUAACAUUCCCAUUUGAAUCCACCCAACCUAUGUUUUUCCAAGACGACAAUAUUCAAAAUAUCGCCACCAAUUUCAUUACCAAUUAUCUCAAAUUAUGGGACUCAAACCGUGCCGAUUUAAUGAUCUUAUACCAAAACGAAUCCCAAUUCUCCAUGCAAUUAGAUUCAGCCCAUCCACAUUUAAUCGAAGCAAGCUCAACUACAGGAACUGAUUUUGGAUACUAUUUACACAAUUCUAGAAACUUGACUCGUGUUUCAUCCAUCAAGGCCAGACAAGCCAAGCUUGCCACCGGUCAAGAGCAAAUUUACAAGAGCUUUACCCAAUUACCUAAAACCCAUCAUGAUUUAAUAAACAAACCUGAAAUGUACAGUAUGGAAAGUUUCACAUAUGCACCAUUGAAUGGUAUAAUGAUUAUUAUCCAUGGAUCAUUUGAAGAAACUGCCCAACCCGACAACUUGGAUUCAUUAAAUCUGUCAAGUAACAGUGGACCUCGGGGAAGAUAUGGCGGAGGUCCAUCAAAGAAGAAGGUUCCCUUAAGUAAGAAAUCCUUUGAUCGGACAUUCUUGGUUAUUCCUGGUCCGAAUGGAAGUAUGAUUGUUGCUAGUGACAUAUUGACUAUCCGACCAUUCAGUAGCACUACACCCUGGAACAAGCCAGUACAAGCUGUGGCUACUCCAACUGUUACACCCAACCAAUCUCCUGCACCACAAGGACCUCCAUCUACUGAAUUACCACCGGAAAUCAAGAGCAGAUUAAACCCUGUACAACAAGAGUUGUUGGUGAAGAUACUACUCGAAACCAAGUUAAAUAUUCAGUACGGUAUCAUGCUUUGUGAACAAAGUAAUUGGGAUUAUAAUCAAUGUUCAAUAAAUUUUAAAAACUCGGCACCAACAUUACCUAGAGAGGCAUUUAUAUAGAUUUAGGAUGUUAUGAAAAAGAGAAAAAAAAAUACACACACUAUUUGU